UGAAUAAACAAAUACUACCACGCAUUGUAUUCCGUUCAACAGGAUCAUAGUCCUUCAGUUCACAUAUCAACACGCUGUCUAUACUAUGGCGGAAGCAAAGGGUCCGUACCAGUCCCCAGCUGUGGCAUGUCCUUCACUGGCCGAGCUGACCAGGCUGUCCGAGGAGAUGAAGCUACAAUGCACCGAUGACGAUCUUCAGGCUGUAGAAGAGGAGAUGAAGUACUUUGCCAGUGAACUCGAGCGACUCUCACAGCUUGCGCAGCCUUCACUUCCGGUCAGUUAUCCUCGAAUCCCAGGAUACAGACCCGUGCAAGAGAACAAUCCAUAUAAUGCUUGGUACUGGCGUUGUGACAUCAAAGGCGCCGACACGGGGAAAUUGGCAGGUAAAACAUUCGCCAUCAAGGACAACAUAGCCGUGGCCGGGGUUCCGAUGAUGAACGGAAGUAAAAUCCUGGAAGGAUACACUCCCGAGUUCGACGCUACUGUAGUCACCAGAAUCCUAGAUGCCGGUGGCAGAAUCGUGGGAAAAGCUAACUGUGAACACCUGUGUUUGAGUGGGUCGAGUUUCACCUGUGAUGCUGGACCUGUGAGGAACCCACUUGACGAGACAAGGACCACAGGGGGGUCCAGCUCUGGCAGCGGGGCUCUGGUUGCAUCAGGUGAGGUCGACAUGGCGCUUGGCGGAGACCAAGGAGGGUCCAUACGGAUCCCAGCCAGCUGGUGUGGCAUUGUGGGAUUGAAGCCCACAUUUGGUCUGGUCCCCUAUACAGGAGCUGUGUCAAAUGAGACAACCUUGGAUCACCUUGGACCCAUGACGAAAACUGUAGCAGACUGCGCUCUGUUGCUGGAGGUGCUCGCCGGGUAUGACCAAGGCAGGGAUCCCAGACAGUAUGCCAAAACUGUGGUGCCUGAGUAUUCUAAACUGAUUGAUGCUGGCAUCUCCGGCAAGAAGAUCGGUGUGUUGAAGGAAGGCUUUGAUGUGUGUACGGAGCCAGACGUGGUGGAGAAAGUGAGGAGAGAAGUGGAUAGACUGAAGGAAGCAGGGGCGGAGGUGGAGGAAGUAUCACUGCCCAUACAUCUGGAUGGCCCAUCAAUCUGGACACCAGUGAGACUGCAGGGAGCGUACAAGUGUUUGAUCCGAGGGAAUGGCACUGGGCAGUUCUGGAAGGGCUACUACCCCUUGUCAAUACAAGAAUCGAUCUGUCGGGGCCUCUAUACCCGGCCACAAGACAUCGCCCGGCAUGUGAAGAAAUUCUGUCUCAUAGCCGAGAAUCUGGAUAGACACUACCAGAACAAGUUCUAUGCCAUGGGGCAGAACAUGGCCAUGGUCCUCACCAAAGCAUAUGACCAAGUUCUGGAACAAUAUGACGUUCUUGUAAUGCCGACUUUACCUCACAAGGCGCCCAAGUUGCCCAAGGCGGAUGACGAGCAGUCAAAGUCGAUGGCUCCCAACACAGUGCCCUUCAAUAGCACCGGGCAUCCAGCUCUCUCCAUCAAUGCCGGCUUCAGUGAAGGACUUCCGGUGGGGAUGCAAAUAGUUGGACGCCAUUUUGACGAGACAACAGUCCUCCAAGUGGCGAGAACAUACGAGAAAUUAAGGGAUAUGAAUAAAUAAAAUACUUUCACGCAUGUUUAAUUCUGGGUAUUGGCGACAGGAGUAUAUUAUUAUCAAACAAAUAUUUCAUACAAAUAUUAUUAUGCAAGUACCGUUCUUUGUCCCGAUUGGCAUUUGUUCCCCCGACAACUAAACUUGAAUAACAAUAGGUAUCUGUUUUCACAACAAGUCUUGAGACCUUCAAAUGAGAAGUGUAGGCGUAGAUUAUUUGUUGACAUUUUUCUUUUUUGUUGAGUGUAAUUCCAUUGCACUGAGGACUGUACAAGAAACGUUCCUCGUUUGGUGUAAUAUAAUUAAAUGUGCACUUGAUUUUACACCCUGAAAGUCUUUGCAAACAUGGUUCAUAACAGACAAUAAAUAAAUCAUAUUUUUA